GCCUUCAUGAGGCAACAUUGUCUCGGUAAAAAGCGCUCAUCCAGCGUGGCACUAUUUUCUUCCUUUACGCAAAAACUAACCAAAAACCUCCGUUUUCAGAAGAGGAUAGUUUGAUCUUUUUGGACUAGGCAACAACUGAAGGAACUUUUAUGUGAUCUACACGAGGAUUUGCGGGAUAGCUUCAGUAAAAAGUGACAUUUUGGUUGAUUUCUCGACGCGACCGGGUCCAGCUUGACGCUGAUAAGAGAGGCUCGACUCCAGCCCAACCGUCCUGACAUGGACACAGCGAUCAUACCUGAAAAGAAAAGGGUGAGUUCGGAGCGCAGGAAGGAGAAAUCGAGGGACGCGGCGCGAUGCCGUCGCGGGAAGGAGUCGGAGGUUUUCUACGAGUUGGCCAAGCAGCUGCCCAUCCCCCACAGCACCAGCUCCAACCUGGACAAGGCCUCCGUCAUGAGGCUGACCAUCAGCUACCUGCGCAUGCAGAAUCUGCUCUGCAUCGAUGAGCCAGUGGCAGAGGAGACGACAGAACUGGACAUCCAGCUAAGCGGCUCCUACCUGAAGGCCUUAGACGGCUUCCUGGUGGUUCUGUCUGAAGACGGAGAUAUGAUCUACAUCUCAGAAAACGUCAACAAGUGCCUCGGCCUGGCACAGUUUGACCUGAUUGGACACAGCGUGUUUGACUUCACGCAUCCCUGCGACCAGGAGGAGCUGAGAGAGAUGCUGGUCUACAGAAGCGGCUCCAAGAAAGUCAAGGAACCGAGUACAGAGCGCAGCUUCUUUCUGCGGAUGAAAUGCACACUGACGAGCCGGGGCCGCACCGUCAACGUAAAGUCCGCCACAUGGAAGGUGCUGCAUUGUUCGGGUCACGUUCACGUUCACAGCAGCGAGCAGAGCGCCGACGGCCACAAGGAGCCGCCGGUCCCAUACCUGGUUCUGAUCUGCGACCCGAUCCCUCACCCCUCCAACAUCGAGGUUCCUCUGGAUACCAAGACCUUCCUCAGCCGCCACACGAUGGACAUGAAGUUCACAUACUGUGACGAGAGGAUCACUGAGCUCAUGGGUUACGAUCCAGAGGACCUGCUGGACCGUUCUGUGUACGAGUACUACCACGCUCUGGACUCAGACUAUCUCACAAAGACUCACCAUCACUUGUUUGCGAAGGGCCAGGUCACCACAGGUCAGUACCGGAUGCUGGCGAAAAGAGGCGGCUUUGUGUGGGUCGAAACUCAGGCCACUGUCAUCUACAACAACAAGAACUCGCAGCCUCAGUGCGUCGUCUGCGUCAACUUUGUGCUCAGCGGGAUCCAGGAGGAGAAACUGAUCCUUUCUUUGGAGCAGACACAGGAGAUGAAGCCGGUGAAGAAAGAGGAGGAGCAGCAGCAGGAUGAAGUCAAGGCUGAAGUGAAGAAGAGCGAAGCCGUCCGAGCGGACAAUGAGGAAGAGGAGGAGACCCCGGAGCAGAAGCUGCACCUAAACUUCCAGGAUCUGGUGAUUAAGAAGCAAGAGCAGGAUUGUCUUUACAACCUGCUGAAGGGGCAUCCAGACGCCCUGAUGCUGCUGGCGCCGGCAGCCGGAGGCACCAUCAUCUCCCUGGACUUCAGCCGCCCUGGCUCAGAGUCAGAGAUUCACCUGGUGAAGGACAUUCCUCUCUACAACGACGUGAUGCUGCCCUCCUCAGGCGACAAGCUGCCGCUGCCUCUGUCUCCUCUGGCGCCCACCGAGCCGCUGGAGCCCGCCAGCAGCUCCGCUGAGGAGGCAAAACCUGACAGCUUUGCUCCAGCUCUGUCCUCUAAACCCCCCAACAAACCCUCAGAAGUUGACAAUACUCUGGGCUUCUCUUUCCCCAUGGACACAGAAAUUAACUCUGACUUUAAACUGGACCUGGUGGAAAAGCUGUUUGCCAUCGACCCAGAGCCCAAAACUCCCUUCAAUACGGAGGGGAUGGAGGACUCUGAGCUGGAGAUGUUUGCUCCGUACAUCUCCAUGGAUGACGACUUCCAGCUGCCCUGCCUCGGCCCUGACGAGUCUCUGUCUUGUGGACCAGUCAAAGCCCUGGAGAGCUGCCCGGUCCUCGUCACGCUGGACGUCCACAGCCAUCCCAGCUCUCCGUUCAGCGCGCCGGAGAGUCGCCCGGCUUCUCCGGCUCCACCGGAACCCGUCGGCACGCCCCCUCCUGCCACCGUGGCGGCAAACAGGGUCGCACAGCCGGAGAAAGAGGUUCCUCUCAGAAACCUGGCUGCUCAGAACAUCCAGCGGAAAAGAAAGCUGAGCGAACUGAAGGAGAUCAUUGAACAGGGAUCUUUGACCCAAGAGCAGCCUGAGAAGGGCAAAAAGCUGAAGGCGACGGAGCAGGGAGCAACCAGGACCAUUCUUCUUCUGCCUUCAGAUCUGGCCAGCCGACUGCUGGGCACCACCUCGGACGGCGGCGGCUCACUCGUCUCGCUGCCGCAGCUCACCAGCUACGACUGCGAGGUGAACGCCCCCUUGCAGGGCCGCCAGUACCUGCUGCAGGGGGAGGAGCUUCUGCGCGCUCUGGACCACGUCAUCUGAGUCAGGACUCCACUUCUGGACUAGACUGGACACUACAAUUAUGCCCUCACAUUGUGACUCUUCUUUUUGCCCUUUGACCCCCACUGCCAUUUAUUUAUGUAUCUGUUGGAGUUUGACUUUAGUCCGGCUGCUGUUUGUGCACCUUAUGUGAUUUUUGCAGCAUUCCACGGCGACAGCAGCAUCUUGGUUUCAGUUCGAGGGAUUGUCAGACGUCAACU